AUGCCGACGUCUUAUGGAACUUUGCAAUGGGUGGCUCCAAAUCGAGCAAAUGCCAAAUUUGAUAUCGAUGGUGUGGACACCACAUGCGCCAUGACUAUCAAUGGCGCGGUUCCAAAUUUCGGCUCCUCGGAGGCAACAUUAAAUUUUCAAGAUACAGACCAACUCUCCGGCACACGAAGCUUCGAUGGCCACAUUGGUAGAGGAGACUUCGAAACCGAUUUUGAUAACGCUCCUAAGAUCCAAGGCGACCUAAGCAUGCCUAUCGACCAAUACAUAACUGUUAUGGGCAAUGCAAUCUGGACACGGUCCUUCUGA